UAAAUAAAUAAUAUUUAAUUUUUUUUUCUUUGAGACAGAGUCUCAUUCGCCCAGGCUGGAGUGCAGUGGCGGGAUCUCAGCUCACUGAAACCUCCGCCUCCCGGGUUCAAGCGAUUCUCCUGCCUCAGCCUCCCACCACGCCCGGCUUUUUGUACUUUUUCUAAAGACGGGUUUUCGCCAUGUUGGCCAGGCUAGUCUCGAACUCCUGAUCUCAGGUAAUCCACCCACCUCGGCCUCCCAAAGUGCUGAGAUUACAGACCUGAGCCAAAGCGCCCGGACUUUUUUUUUGAAUGCUGUUUUCAGACAUGGCCCGUGACGGGCAGCCGUGACAUAAGGUUAGACUCUGCUUGGCUCGGACAGAACUGGCGACUUGUUUGACCUACACCGAGUUAUCCGACUAAUAAUUUAGAUGCUGAGGCCCCUAAAGAGGGGUCAAGGGGGAGGCAGAUGUCGACCAAUAAGGAAACACUGGGCCGGGCACGGUGGCUCACGCCUGUAAUCCCAGCACUUUGGGAGGCCGAGCGGGGAGGAUCACUUGAGCUCAGGAGUUCGAGGCCAGCCUGGGCAAGACAGCGAGAGCCUGGCUCUACAAAACUAAAUAAAUAAGGAAGCAGUGAAUUCCAAUGUAUUCAUCGCCAACUAGCCAUGUUGCUGGGUGUGCGCUCUUUUAGGUGCAAUGUGUCAUUUAGGCCUGUGACGUCGGAACUUUACUAUUUGAACAUUUAAAAAUAAAUGAAUCCAAGAGGUUGAGUCACUUGGCCAAAAAUGCCCAGGAGGAAAAGGCCAAGUCAGGUACCCCGGCUCUAUAGCUCUAACUGAUCGCCGGAGACCCUGGGCCUUGGAAGAAGUCGCCUCCCCAGAUCUCUAAGCAGGCCGCGCGACCCUCGAGUCUCAGGUAAGCAGGAAACCCCAUUUCACAAGGAAGCCCCGCCCCACUCCGAGGCACGGGCGCAUGCGCAGGUCGGCCACCCGCUGGGGCCGCAGGGCCGCCGCUCUGGCCCGCGUGGCGCAGUCGUCCGCGUCUCGCUGAUGAUGACGCACGUCCGGGGCGGCGGGGAAAGCAAGAUGGCGGCGCCCAUGGAGGUGGCCGUGUGUACGGACUCUGCGGCCCCGAUGUGGAGCUGCAUCGUGUGGGAACUUCACUCGGGCGCCAACCUGCUCACCUACCGCGGCGGCCAGGCGGGACCCCGCGGCCUGGCGCUGCUCAAUGGCGAGUAUCUGCUGGCGGCGCAGCUGGGCAAGAACUACAUCAGCGCCUGGGAGCUGCAGCGGAAGGACCAGCUCCAGCAGAAGAUCAUGUGCCCCGGGCCUGUCACCUGUCUGACCACGUCACCCAACGGUCUCUACGUCCUGGCAGGAGUUGCAGAAAGCAUCCAUCUGUGGGAGGUCUCCACCGGGAACCUUCUGGUCAUCCUGAGUCGACACUACCAGGACGUCUCCUGCCUUCAGUUCACAGGGGACAGCAGCCACUUCAUCUCGGGGGGCAAGGACUGCCUGGUGCUGGCUUGGAGCCUCUGCAGUGUGCUGCAGGCCGACCCCUCCAGGAUCCCGGCGCCCCGGCACGUCUGGUCUCACCACACGCUCCCCAUCACGGACCUGCACUGCGGCUUUGGGGGCCCCCUGGCCCGGGUGGCCACCUCCUCACUGGACCAGACGGUGAAGCUGUGGGAGGUCUCCUCGGGGGAGCUCCUUCUCUCCGUCCUCUUUGACGUGUCCAUCAUGGCGGUGACCAUGGACCUGGCUGAGCACCACAUGUUCUGCGGGGGCAGUGAGGGCUCCAUCUUCCAGGUCGACCUCUUCUCCUGGCCUGGACAGAGGGAGAGGAGUUUCCAGCCAGAGCAGGACGCCGGGAAGGUCUUCAAAGGGCACAGGAACCAGGUGACCUGCCUGUCGGUGUCCACUGACGGCAGCGUGCUGCUGUCAGGCUCCCACGACGAGACCGUGCGCCUCUGGGACGUGCAGAGCAAGCAGUGCAUCCGGACCGUGGCCCUCAAAGGCCCAGUCACCAACGCCACCAUCCUGCUGGCGCCCGUCAGCAUGCUGAGCUCAGACUUCAGGCCCAGCCUGCCGCUGCCCCACUUCAACAAGCACCUGCUGGGCGCCGAGCACGGGGACGAUCCGCGCCACGGGGGCCUCACCCUGCGCCUGGGCCUCCACCAGCAGUGUGGACCCAGAGGCUCCGAGAAGUUAACCACCCCUCGCCCCCCGGCCAGCAGGGCCGAGCUGCGCGCCCCACACACCAGCCUUCCUGCCGCUGGAGAUCCGACGACGGUCAGGUCUUUCUGCAAAGGGCCGAUGCCCCAUAUUUUGGGCUGUGAGGGCCAAAAGGUUCAUGUCUGGGCUGCCGAAGGUGCAGGAGCAGCCGUGGGGGCAGGGAGCAGGUGGGGCCCUGGUGGCUGCAGGUGGCUCCUAUGUGAGCUGGGGGCAGCCUCUCGGCCUGGUCACAGUCACGCCCUCACUCCCUGCAGCUCAGCACCGACCCUCGCUCUGUGCAGGUACUAGGGUGGGCUCCCGUACCUUCUGAGGAUAGAGUGACUUCCAGAACACUUCCCACCCCAGCCCCAGGACCCUCAUAGAAGCCCGUGUGGUUGGCUGGGCUGGGCUGGGGUGGGGGCUGGGGGUCCUUGGGCCUGGGGAGGCUUCCCAGCGUGUUUCCGCCCCAUUCCCCGACCUUCAGUGAGCUGCCUGCGUCCUUGGUGUCUCACGUCACUGUCUGUGUCCCUCGCUGGGCUCUGGCGCUUGGCACUUCUCCCCGCGCGCCCUCUUCUUACCUGAGUACAGAUUGAUUUUUUUAUCUGGAGGGUGUCCGACAGCCGACGGCCUGACAGGCCCUGCACCAGGAGAUGCUGUUAUCUCCCUUGUCCGCGCUGCCUGAUGGAGUGAUGCUCUGUCUUCCCACAUCUACCAGUGGGCUCGGAGCGGGCAGGCAAGGGACCCCCACCGUCUGGGCAUCCGCAGGCCCCUCAGACCGCAAGGAGGCCAGGAGCACAGGCUGGACUGACUGCUAACAGCAUGGGCGCAAGGAUGAGGGGCAAGCCUUUUUGUUCAGAAAGUGCCAGAACCUUCGGAGUGAAAACGCCUCCAGCGGCACAGAGCCAGCUCCACACUAGGGCGCCUGCCCAGCCACUGCCUCCUCCCAGGGCAGCCGCGGCUCUCACGGUUCCUGCCCAGCCAAGCGCCCUCCCCAGAACCCCACCCAGCUGGCCACGGUGGGAUUCCGGAGGGGGCCAGGCCACGCCCUCCGGUAAUGCCGCCACCUUUCCCUAGCCGCCCCACCUGGCUCCCUUCCUCCCGCGACAGCUGCCAGUCCUCUGUGACCCUUGUUGCAAUCCAGCUGACACUGGAGUGUCGGCCUUUCCCACAGGUGCUUCAUCCAGGAGGCGGGUUUCCGACCUCUGAUCCCCCAGCA